AUGGGAAAAGGAACAAAGAAGGUUGGGAUAUCUGGAUGUUUUGGAGCAAGAUACGGGUCUACGCUGCGUAAGAGGAUGAAAAGCGUGCUUGAGAUACAGAAGGCGAAGCAUAAGUGUAAUGCAUGUGGAAAGAGCACUCUGAAGAGGAUGGCAGUUGGAAUAUGGGAGUGCAAGUUUUGCAAGCGCAAGUUUGCAGGAGGGGCAUAUGCUACAACUACACCGGCAGGAAAGAUUUUUGGCAGCAUGAAUAAGCAACAUGCAAAAUAA